AUGGCAUCCCAAGGCCCCAUAUCCAACGACCCCAUCGAAGUAUACCACGCCGUCCGCAACGGCUCCCUAAAAUACGCCAUGUACUGCUACUACCCAGACUCCGACAACAUCACCGUAAGAGAAAUCGGUCUCGAUGAUCCCGAAGCCGGCGAUGAAGCUACCUGGGAGGUGUUUCUGGAUCUUUUGAAGACGGACGAGUGUCGGUAUAUCGUGUAUGAUUUUCUGUAUCCCGGAGUUCAGGAGUGGAAGGAAGUUACGAAGAGGAAGUUGUUGUAUAUCCUUUGGUGGGGGGCUCCGGAGGGUUCGCAUGUUAGGGAUAAGAUGAACCUUUCGCGCCAUGGGAAAAGGUAUCGGGAUAUGUUUGGGCAUUUCGAUGAUGAGUUGCAUAGUACUUUUAAAGAGUGGAUUACGUAUCCAAAAGUUGUGAAAAGGUUGGAGCGAGGGGCGAUGUGA